GCCCGCCCCUUGCCUGCCCGUCUGUCCGGUCUCCCUGUCCCGGGCCAGGCAGCGGCGAGAGGAGCGCGGGAGGGAGCAAUGUCUCACGGGGGGCGAGUGAUCCGAACCGGGGUGAGCAGCGCGGGUCCCGCUGCAUCGCCGGGCUCCACCGCCGCCUCCUCCUCAGCGGGCUCGGAUGCGGAGCUCAUGGACGGCGCCUAUUUCCGCUCCUGCGCCGGCAUACUGAAGGUGGCCCAGAUGAUCUCACUGGUGGUUGGAUUUAUCAGUGUGAAUAAUUCUCCAUGGACAGAUUACAGCGUGUACAGCUACUUUCAGAUUGUGACCAUGUGUGACUUGGUUAUGAUUUUGUUCUUCUACGUUAUCCAUAUCUUCAGAAUCUACAGGAAGCUCACUUGCGUUAGCUGGCCACUUGCAGAGUUUCUUCAUUAUCUAAUCGGUACAAUUCUGCUUCUCAUUGCAUCGAUUGUAGCAGCAUCCAAGAGUUACAAUUUGACUGGACUUGUGGCUGGAGCGACUUUCGGGUUCCUAGCUACCAUCCUUUGUGUUUUAAGCAUAUGGUCUUCCUACAAGGUUUCGUGCAUCACGCAGUCAACCAAUGCAUCUGUAUGACUUCUUCAUCACUGUGAGAUGUCUGCCUUACGAAACCGGAUACCAAAGAGGAGCGGCCACUACUGAGGAAAGAGCAUAGGUAUUUUGUUACUAGCCUGGACAGCCAGUAGCUUUUGAAGACCUACCUGAAUAUCUAUGCAAAAGAAUGUUGUGAACCAACGUCUUUUUGCUCUCUCUGCUUCA